AUGCCCUACAGAGAUCAUGACGACGACCCAGCCGGCUUCGGCUCCGGCGACGAUCAACGCCAAGACAAGGGCAAGCACCUCGCGACAGACAAGACCGAUACCAACGAACAACAGUGCGACUUUGACGAGCCCGGCAUUGCGCCCUCGCUCAAUGAGAGUCUCUCGGCACCCACUGCCACCGACACCGAUAACGACAGCAUCGAGCCCGACCGGUGGACAGACGAUGAGGGAUAUGCGGAAUCAACAUCGACACGGUAUUUGAGCUCCAUCGCAUCUGACAUUCGGCGCGGCGUUGAGGAAAAUGGGAGGCUUUAUGCUGCAUACGGCAUGCACAAACAAUGGCUUCCCAUUGACGAUGAGGAGCUGGACCGCAAUGAUCUCCAACACUACAAGUUCACCCUCCUCCUUGGCAACCGCCUAUUCAUUUGCCCCGUGCCUUCUGACCCGCAAAAGAUUCUCGACCUUGGCACGGGCUCUGGCAUCUGGGCCAUCGAGGUGGCAGACAUGUUUCCGUCGGCCGAGGUCAUCGGCGUCGAUCUCGCGCCUACCCAACCGAACCUCAUCCCUCCCAACCUCAGUUUUGAGAUCGACGACAUCGAGAACGACUGGCUUUGGGGGGAGAACAAGUUUGACUUCAUCCACGCAAGGGAACUAAUCAUGGCCAUCCGGGACUGGCCGAGGCUCUUUCGCCAGGCCAAGAGGGCGCUCAAGCCGGGGGCAUACCUCCAGCUUGGCGCAUCCGUCCCACUGUUCUCAUCCGACGAUGACACUCUGCCCAAGGAUAGCGCCUACCUGGAGACGGCGCAGAUCUUUUUCGACAUGUCCGCCAAGGUUGGCGUCUCAGGGAUGGAGCCUUUGAGCUGGACAAAGUAUCUGGAAGAGGAGGGAUACGAGGAUAUUGUGCAAAAGAUGUACAAGAUUCCAACCAACCCCUGGCCAAAGGAUGAGAGACUCAAGAGGAUUGGCGCCCUGGAGUUGACACACUACAGGGAUGGCAUCAUGAAUGUCUUUGCACGGGGCUACAAGGACAUCCUUGGCGGUGACGAGACUUACUUUCAGGUCUUGAUGGCCAGGGCAAGAAAUGAAGUGGUGGACCGCAACAUGCACAGUUGGGUGCCCUAUAGCUAUGUUGUUUAUGCCAAGAAACCCGGCACUUCGUCAUGA